AUGGAAUCGCAGGCCAUCACAUGGAUGGACGACGCUGUGGAGUCGCUGAUGGCCAAGGUCGACGAGCUCGGCAUGCGCGAGCAGACAAUGACCAUCUACAUCUCAGACCACCAAGCGGACGUGAUCGGAAAGGGCACCUGCUACUGGGCCACCAACGUGCCUUUCAUUGUCAACUGGCCCGGAAUUGUCGCGCCCGCUGUGGCCGGGACAUCACUGCUCACCUACCACCUCGACGUCUUCCCAACGAUCCUCGACUACGCAGGCGCGCAGCCUCCGCUUGCAUCCGAUCGCAUUGACGUCACGGCCGUUGAACCCCCUGAGGGCCCGACGAGAGUGCUGCUCGCCUGCGGGGGUGGCAUCGCGGACCGAAAAUGCGAAGGCAUGCCGGAGAGGACCGCGUUAUUGCACGAGAAAUACGGCGUGCGCUGCUGCUCCGAUAGCGCAAGAACCGUUACCAUGGGCCCGGCCACCGAGAAAGCACCGACGUGGCCCAAGGGCGAGGGCUGCUCGGUGUGGGCAGAGUCGGAUGACGGCCUCGGCCCCGGCGGGGUUGCCCAGUGUCGCAAGUCCUCGACGUAUGCCGAGGCCGAGGCCGCCUGCCAUGCAGCGGGCGCCCGCUUGUGCACUGCCCCAGAGAUUCGCGCCGGCUGCACCCAAAGCACCGGAUGCGCCUUGGACGGUGCGCUCGUCUGGACGAGCAACCUGACGUCGUCGACUCCCGACUCAGUCCAGCUCGACGGCAAGAGCCUCCGGCCCAUCCUCGAGGGCGGGCCGGUCGACUCAGCGGGCGAGCCGGCUCCUUGGCUGUGGCGGAUGUACAUUCUUCUCGAAGUCUUCUACACGCGCGCGGUUGUGUCUUGGGACGGUUGGAAGUACUUGGCCAAGCGCUUCCCACCCGAAAUUCAGGCGAUCGCAGACCAGGGCAUCCCGGUGGACCACCAGGGCCUUCCGCCCGGACACAGGCAGUAUCUGCGCCUGUUUAAGGGCGAGCUUCCGGAGCACUACCCAUUCUAUCUAGACGACGACCAGCUCUACAAGAUUUACGAUGACCAGAAUACAUACCUAAACGAGACCAUAAACUUGUACGACUCGACCGACCCAGCAGCUGUGGGGGCGCUGGCUCUGCUCGAGGAGGCAAUGCGAGAUGCGAGCGCGGCGCUGCCCCACACGUUCGGUGAGUUCGCAUCAUGA